UCUCUUAUAUCAGAUGCCUUGGACAUCGUCUUUCGGAAAGAGUGCAUUUUGUAUGCCAUUCCGAGAUCUAACAAUUUACCACGACACAAAUAUAAUGUAAUAAUACAAUGAGCUCAAACAGGAAGUUUUCUAUUCUUCAAUGGCAAUAGGACAUGUUUUUUCUUAUGUCAAAUGAAAUCUACUACAGCAGUAUAAGGAAGGGCAAAUGAAGUCAAUUUCACUACCAUAAACAAGGUGUGGGAUACGGCAGUAUAUAGUGGAAGUUAAUUAUUACAAUGUGUGAACUUUCAUUGCUGAUAGCCAGACUAUAUUUGGUGUAAAAACAUGUAAGAAACUGGCGCAAGGUGAAAUGUAAGAACUCUGAAUUGAGACCUUAUGAUUCCAAUACAUAUUUGAAAUAAAGAGAGUGACUUUGUGUACCAACAGAAAUAUCGGUAUAUGAAAAAGGAAACUCGGAGUAUCAAGUAAUGUUUAAGAAGACUGACAUUGGUUCCAUUACAUACUGUGUCAAAUUAGGAUAUUUCAGUUCUGUUGUGUUCCCUGAUCCAAUGAGGAGAUAAAUAUACGUAAUUCCUUAACGCUCAGACAAAUCACACCAGUUUGGCAUGCGUUCUAAAUUUCUGAAUGAUUUAAAGAACUUUAGCCCGUAAUCAUGGGUUGAACACGGUUUUUUCAUAAUCGAUAAUGUGAAUUUGAACUUUGCAGUUAUAAUGGAAAUAUACUGGACAAAGAUCGUUGUGGUGAUCGCUGCCGUCGCCGACCUAGCGACACCCAGUCUAUCGUGCGAGUACAUUGUGGAGUCUCGGCGAGUCUCACAGCGUUACAUUCCGGCUGUAAGCCCUCCCCGCCACUUGAACGGCACAUGCGACAUUCCCGGCCGCCUCAGAGACCGAUGGACGCUAUUGACGCCCGAUCGCGAGCGACUGCGUAUCCGGGCACACUCAAUGACGGCGAGGUAUCUCGGAAAAACCAACUUGACCAGGAUCCGCUACCGGUGUUUAGAGAGUAGGGGACACACAUUUCUUCUCGGCACGGAGACAAGCAUAGGGAUCCAGGGUUCCGGUGUUCUCUGUCUGGGGUUUGCUGCCAUCUUCGGGAACAGUGUUGUCGGCGAGUACAGCAUCGUCAGGCUCAACGCGGUUGGAUAUGAGGGUCACCUGCUCGGCCCACAACUCCUCCCUCGUACCACCGUUAACUGGCCGACACUGAAUGACACGUGCGUUCAAGCCGCGGACCAGAAAGAUGACUACGCAGAAAUUGUUCGCGCAGAGCGGCGUUGCGUGUUUCCAGACGAGCUUCAUCGCACGUGGAAUUUUACGCACCAUAAGGCCAGGCACGUCACGUUCGCAGAGAAGACGUUUACGUUUACGUUCAUGGACGGACGUGAGCACAAAUUUGACUGUAACGUAAAGGAAGGUGAUAUCUACGUGCUGCGGGAGUUCGAAUUCACAGACGGACAGGACGGCGUUCUCUGUUACAACAUCACACGGCUCUUAGAAGACCCUCAUUAUAAAUUCGAGAUGGCUAGGCUUAACAGCGGGACCCACAUGGAAGGAAUGGUUCGGCUUUUACCUGUUGGAAGGCCGGUAGCGCUUUCGGAGGACUGUGAUUGGUUUGACAGUCCUGCUCGUCCUGAAUUUCUUUACUAACGCACAUUCUACUAAUGUGGCUGUUCCAGGUUGUGUAUACAUGUUGUGAUUAAAAGUAAAAUCCAUUCAGUGUGAUUAAAAGUAAAAUCCAUUCAGUGUGAUAUCUCGGAACACAGCCAGGUGAAAAACUCUUGAAUACAAACCAAAUCACGAGAAAAACCUAAGUUGUAUGAAAGAAAAACAGUUAAUGUCAUGACAAAGGAAUUAGCUCAAAUCAAUACUAAGAAACCAGAAAAGGAACCGGACACUAGUGUUGACUCAUAUUGCAGAACAAUGCUCUCUUUUGGUGAGCUGAUAUGAUCGCUACUGACUGAACUGAACCUUUGAUUCAUCUUACUGUCCUUGUGUUUUAUAUAAAGCUGGUGAGAUGAACAUAUUAAAGGCCUUAUAGUACAAUACUUUUCUUAAUUAAUUAAUGUUCAUGGAUGUCGUGAUAAUAGCAGUUUAUUGCAAAGAGAAUGACCGCAAGUUCGGUUGGAUAAGGCUAUACAACUGGACCAGGUGUUAAGCAGCUUAAGAUAAUGUUUUUGUGACAAUGCAAUUGAUCCUACCUGGAAGGAAACGAUAUGUGUCCUUAAUGUGAACACCAUUGUGACCGCUGUUAUGAAGGUACCUUUUCAUUGUAAGCAAUUGUUUGCGCCUUGAAGAAGAUUUACUAAUCAGGCUUCAUUGCAAUGUAAACAAAGUCGUUGUUACAUGCCGUGGCAGUGGACCAUAGUUAUUGUUGAUGUUUUUUAUUUAAAGUUUAAGAGUUAAAUUAUUAAUUGGAUUAUCGUAAAACUACGUUUAGUUGACAGGAUCUCUAGUUAACAUUUAAAUGUUGUUGUGCUGUUGAUGUCAAUAAAUGUGGUUGGUUCUGACGUAUUGUCACUGUACAUAUUUGUAUAUGCUGAUAUAUGUGUUUGACCGUUAGUGUGCACUUUCCUUAUCAUAUUAUCAAUGUUACUUAUUAACUAUAAGUCAAUUAGUUGACACCACUAUUCGUUUGCAUUGGUUUGAUUUAUAAACAUUCUUGAAAUGUAAACAAUUGCAUUUGUUUCUAAUUUUUUAAUGUAUUGCUUUGGAGUUGUAAUUUGUUGUACGUGAAGAGCCUAAUUCCCUAUUGAUAACGUUCGACAAGUUUACGAAUUGAAGUUAUAUAACAUAAUAAAAAUCCUUGGUUUUUGAAAAAAAUAUGAAAACUACUUCUAUGCCCAAUAGAUUUAAUACUUUCCAUGAGUCAAGUACGUGGCACUAUUUUCCA